AUGAAGGCCUGGCAUAUGGGAACGUGCGCUGACAAAAUAAGUAGGCAAUUACAGUUCACGCAACGAGAUACGUUUGAGGCGGAUAUGAUGAACCUCAAGCAGCAACAACAAACGCUUCCCCAGCCACUUCCCCAGCAAUUUCAGCCUCAGCCUCAACCACACCAGCUCCUAGGUGGACAGGGCCCACAUGGAACUCUCCAGGGAGAGGUCCCAGAUAUCUAUACCAGCAGCUUCUCAGCCAUGGGAAUGCCCGCCAUCCCGGGAGCACCACAACUACAACAGCCUCAACCACCUGCCAGCGGCAGGACCUUCGGCAACAUCUUUCCCCAGCGACAAAAUCUCAAGCCAGCAUCAGGCACGCCGUCGCUACCCCAGCAGCCGCAGCAACGUGUAUUUCCUUCUCCGCCGCCGCCGCCGCCGCCAUCACGACCUCCUGUAGGAGCGAAGUUAACGCUGCCGGCCGCUGCCGCCCCUGUCGAAGACGUGCUGCCGCCUUCGCGCGACAUGCAGCCGUUACAGGAGUUUGUCGGAGGCAAUUGGCUGUUCGUGGUGUUCCUGCCGUACUUUAUUGCUACGGCACUCCAGGACACGCAUCUGCGCAUCGGUCUCAUCAUUGGCGCGGCGGGCUCCGGUGUGGUGUUCAUGGCUGGGCUGCUGGUGUUUCCCCAUAUCUUGGAGAUGCUCAUGCCCAUCAUCUUCGUCGUACAGCUGGGCGUGUCGUACCAUAGUACAGCUUAUGAGGAGGAAAUCAUCCGUACCUACCCCUUCAUCACGCACUCGGCACUUGCAGGAGUCUGCCUGGUCUCCAUGAUAAUUUGCUACCCAGUGGGCUACCAGAUAGCCCAGGAGCUCGUACACAAGAUGUACAUGACCAACCCUGCCGUACAUCGCGUUGGGCUGUAUACAACUGCCGUACUUACAGCCUCGUUGGUAUCGUCGUGCCUGCUGUACCUGGCGCCCGUUUGUAAGGGUUACGAUGACCGGCACUUCAACGCCCUCAACGUCAUCUUUCGCCUCAUCUACCCCUGCCUCGCCACCUUCCUGGCGCUCCUGUUCAUGCGCUUCUUUCCGGACGUCUACCUGCCCAAUUUUUCUGUGGUACAUGGCCUCAACCGAAAACCGCCAAACCGUGUUCCGAUCUACUUGGUGGACCCCAGGAACCGCACACCGCCAGCCAUACUGGAUGCGAGCAUGUUUCAAACCACGGUCGACGCGGUCGCCAAAGCCCCGCCCCUGACCCCCCGCUACAGCCCCGGGGGCUACAGCCCGGGCGGUACGGCAGGUAUGGUGCCGUACCCGUCGGCUGGGCAUGGAAUCGGUACGGGGGCUGACGGCGUGUACGGCAGCGGCGGCGUUGGCGGUGGGAUUCCGCGGGUUGUUCCCGGCGGCGAUGGCGAGCCGCAUUCUGUGUAUACUUACUAUGCUGCGGGGCCGUACGGAGUUAACCUCCCCCUGCGCAGCCUGGCUGCUGACCGCUUGGCUGAUGAUGACUACGCGCCUGUUCACUUGCCACCACUACCACCACCACCACCACUUCGGCAGCAUCUCGACGCCAUCGUAACGCCCCUGGGGACCCCGGACACCCGGGCGCCCAGCGGCGGCGGCGGCGGCGGCUACUACGCAGCUAACGAAGUGUUGGGCCCAACAGGAGGAGCAGGAAGAGGAGGAGGAGGAGGUCUUUUUGAAACUUCUUAUUAUCCGGAGGGUCUGCCGCACACCGCAGCGGCGUCCACGCCUCGGUACCGACUGGGGUCGCAACAGCAACAGUACCAGCAUCAGCAACAGCGGCAGUACCAGCAGCAGGCGCGUCUUGCCCCUGGUUACUUGGGGCCUGCAGGAGGGGGAGGAGGCGGAGGAGGAGCACCUGCUGCAGCGGGGACACAAGCAGCCGGCGCGGGGGCGGAUUGGACCGGAUCAGGCGUUGUUUUUCCACCGCCGCUAUUCCCGCCGGGUGCUGAUGCUGCACAAGGUAGCGCCGCGGGGUACGGCCUUGAAGCCGAGCAGCUGCAAUACGAUGUACAGCAGUCGUAUCAGCCGUACGGCGGUAUGCAGGUGCCGCAGGAAGUCAUCGGCAUGGUCGACCGGCAGCAGCAGGUGUCGUACCAGGAUGACGGGUACGGUUUGGCGGCGGAGACGGAAGUUGCGGAGUCGCCGCUGCCGCUGCCGCUGCCGCUGCCGCCGCCUCCUCCGCAGCCGCUGCCGCGGGCAUCCGUACGGGUGUCCGAAAGCCGACCGAACCGGUCACGAUCGCCGCUGGGCAUUCAACGCACCAGCAGGCUCGCAGCAGCUGCCGCUCCUUUGGGGAGUAGGAGGGAGGAGAGCUUCGGCCUGGACGCCGAACUGGGGGGGUAG